AUGAUGGCCCUGGACAAAGCAGGCAGCGAUUCGCUGCAGAUCAACUUCGACGUAGAUGUGCAUGACAUCGAGUGUCGGAACCUGCAAGUCGUGGUUUAUGCUCAAAAUGGCAAAGAAAAGCUUGGCGCGCUCGGAGAAGAUUUCUGGCUGCGACCCAUUGACACUUCGGGGAAAACUGAUGGAGUUGCGGUGAGGCCCCAGGACUAUCAAUGGCAAGAGCAACAAGAUGAUCAUGACAAAGUCAUGCAGAAAGUGCGGCAUGAAGAUGGCGCGGAGGAGAUCGAUUCUGAUUGGUCUUCCUCACACGAUGGCUUCAAGCACAAGAGCUUCGAGCAUGUCAUACAGGGCCAUGAUUUCACUUUCAUAAACUUCUUUGCUGGAUGGUGCAGUCAUUGCCAGAAGUUCGCCCCAGAGUGGGAUCGAAUUGCCGAGAAGAUCCACGGCAAAGGUGAUGCUCCAGGCAUGAAGUUUCCCGACAAGGACGGCAUCGAGCGUCCCAUUCGGCUGAUCAAGCUGAACUGCGUGGACUUCAAGGAGACCUGUGUGGAAAAAGGCAUCGAUGCCUACCCUACAUUGCGGCUCUAUAAGGCCGACGGAUCCUUUACAGUCUAUGACGGUCGACGUGGGGAGGCGGAGAUCGUUCUCUGGCUCUAUUGGAUGGCGAAGAUGAGCAGCUCUAGCUGGGGUACGCACCAUGAGGCCUUCGAGCGCGGCUGCAAUGCCCGUGGCCGGCUGCAGGUGCCACGUGUGCCCGGCCACUUGGAGCUCAUGGCCGGGGGUGGCGAUCAGACGCUGAACCCUAGAAUGACCAAUGUCAGUCACACCAUCAAGCACUUGUCCUUCUCGGAUUUGUCCGUCUCGGCUGCAGAGAAUGACAUGUACAGGGCAGCACGCUUGCUCCAGCCCUGGAAACACUUCCCUGGCGAGGUCACCCGAAACUUGGCACCAUUGGAUGGUCGCAAGUUCGUGACCAGCGGCUUUCAUCAGGCUUACAUCCAUGAGCUGAAGGUGGUGAGCACCGUCGCGGGCAAGGAGACAACCUACCAGUUUCAGCACCAGACUCGGAUAUCGAAGCUACCCGAGGCCGCAAUACCUCAGGCGCAGUUCCACUACGACAUCGAGCCGUUUUCCAUCCACGUGGAAACGGAUGGGAAGAGAUGGUACGAUUUUGGCACUUCCCUUUGCGCCGUGCUGGGUGGCGCCUUCGUUGUCCUGAGACUUGCAUCCCGGUUUUCCGUGCACCUCUCUGCCUCCCUGAAGCCUGGAGCAAAGGCUCAGCGGGGAGGUGCCAUGAGUAUCGGCCACUUCGAGUGA